AUGGUGAAGGAUUUCAACUACUUUCCCGACCGGGGGAUCUAUGUAGACGAGGAGAAAGAUUACCUGUCGGCUCACCUCUUCUUACUUGGAGGCACCAAGUGGAAGUCUCUGCGCCAGAAGCUGACGCCCACGUUCACAUCGGGAAAAAUGCGCGCAAUGUUCAGCAUAGUGCGCGACUGCGCGCGCAUUCUGGCUGACGUCACUCCUGCGGGCAGUGUCGUCGAAGUCCGCGAGCUGGUUGCCCGCUACUCCACUGACGCCAUCGCUUCCUGCGCCUUCGGCAUCGAUGUGGACAGCCAGCACAACCCUGACGCGGAGUUUCGCCAGUGGAGGCGGCGCUUCUUCAAGUCGUCGCUGCGCACUUAUCUUAGUCAGGCUCUGGGGUUCUCUAAUCCGAAACUGCGCACCCUGCUGCCGGUAGCCUUCACGCCAAAGGACUUCACAGAGUACUUCACACGUGUCGUCGACGAGACAGUCAAACACCGAGAGGAGACAGGCGUCAUUAGGAAGGACUUCCUGCAGCUGAUGAUUCAGCUGAAGAACAAUGGAUACGUCGAUGACAGCUUCUCAAUCACUGGCCAGCCGAAAACUGAACAAAAAAGCAAGACUCUGACGACCAAGGAAUUGGCAGCACAGGCGUGGAUGUUUUUCAUCGCUGGGUUCGAAACUUCCUCUACCACCGUAAGCUUCUGCCUGUAUGAGCUUGUUAGACACCCGGAUAUCCAGAAGAAAGUACAAGAAGAAAUCGACGACGUACUGAAAAAGACCAACGGUGAUGUGACAUAUGAAGUCAUUAUGACCCAGAUGCCAUACUUGGAAAAGGUGGUGAACGCCUCAUAA